GAGUCGCUAACAGCUGCAGCUGUAUAUUUAUUCACAGCUUAUAAUUACCUUACAAAUGUGUACAAGAAAAAAGUGAUUAAAAAGAAAUGGAAAAAAAGAAGGUGGUGGAUGUUAACAAUACAUCGAAACAGAACAAGGAGUAGCAUGGAUAAACAACUAGCAGAACUGCUGGCAGAGCCAUCGGGAGAGUUUGAUAACUUUGUUCGGAUGUCAUAUAGCGAUUUUGAAUACCUGCUACAAAAAAUAUCUCCUUUCGUUGUCAAACAAGAUACAAAUUGGAGGGAUGCGAUUCCUGUGAAAAUACGACUGGCUGUGACAUUAAGAUAUUUAGCUACUGGUGACUGUUACAAGAGCUUGCACCAUACUUUUAAAAUAUCAAGUCAAGUUAUAUCUAAAAUUAUUCAAGAAGUAUGUUCAGCUCUCAAUAUUGUUUUGAAGGGUUUCGUAAAGAUUCCAACUUCCGAGGACGAGUGGUUAUCUAAAUCAGGAGGCUUCCGAUUCCCCAAUUGCGUUGGUGCUUUAGACGGAAAACAUAUCAUGAUUCUACCACCACCAUUCACUGGCUCCGAAUACUUUAAUUACAAAGGGCAUUUCAGUAUUGUGCUAUUAGCGUUAGUUGAUAGUGACUACUGUUUUAUGUUUGUAGAUAUAGGUUGCCCUGGACGUAUAAGUGAUGGAGGAGUAUAUAAUCAAAGUAUUUUACGACAAAAAAUUGAAACAAAUGCUAUCAAUUUACCACCUCCUAAAAGAAACACAAACUUGCCCUAUGUAUUUUUAGCAGAUUCGGCAUUUGCGCUGGCUACAAAUAUCAUGAAGCCAUUCCCUGGACAUCAUGCAGUGGAUACUCCAGAACGAGUAUUCAAUCAAGAACUGUCUCGCUCUCGUGUUGUCGUAGAGAAUGCCUUUGGAAUACUGUCUAGCAAGUUUAGGAUUUUUAAAACCUGUAUUCCGCUGGACGAAGUUAAAGCUGCUAAAAUUACAAUGACAUGUAUAUUGUUACACAAUUUCUUAAGAAGGAGCAAUACUUCUCGGAAUUUGUACACCCCUGAUGGCACAGCAGACAGUUAUGUUAAUGGCGAGUUAGUUCGAGGAGGAUCCUGGAGAUCUACCGAUAGAGGGACAGGUAUUACUCCACUGAACGGUGUACCUCGUAGAAGUACAGAAAAUGCGCUAGAAACAAGGGUUAACUUUAUGAAUCAUAUUUUCGAAAGACGAAAUAACAGUCAGGCAUAAGUUGCUUUAAAGUUAAAACGCAUCUAUUAUGUUUAAAUUGACUUCAUGUUUUAUGA